AUGAUGGAUGACGGCGGCGGCCGUGCUGGGAUCCCCGCGGUGCUGCGCCGAAGCUCGAGCUCGGCGUCGACGUCAUGGAAUGAUUCCACGAUCCACAGCAGCAUCAGUGUCAAGUACGACGUCAAUGCGAGCGCUCUUUCCGUGGAUGCAACGGGAUCAGUCGGUGUACUUGGGGCACGGAAAGGGCUGUACGUCAUCGAUCUCGAGUCGCCGUAUCAACCCGCACGAACCCUCCAUCAUCAGACGAAAUGGGACGUCACGGUCGUGAAAUGCAACCCGCACGUCUUGUACAAGGGUGUCGUCGCGUCAACGUCGAACCACAACACGCUGCUGUGGAACAUGGACUACAACACAUCGACGCACAUUGGAGGCAUGUUGUCCUCGCAUCAGCCGCUCAUGUCGACGCUGCGGGCCCACACCCGGCCGGUGAGCGACGUUGCUUGGAGUCCAUCCGAGCCGACCGUCCUCGCGUCGUCGUCGGCUGACACAACGACCCAUUUGUGGGACAUUCGAACGCCGCAAAAGCCCGCGCAAUCCCUUUUCGCGUUCACGACAAGCGCGACACAAGUCGAAUGGAAUCGCUUGGACGCGUACUCGCUCGCCACGGCGCAUGCGGGCGAGGUUCGCCUGUGGGAUACUCGAGCAUGCGACAAACCGACAGUCACGAUCACAGCGCACAUGCAAAAGAUCCAUGGCAUCGACUGGAGCCCCACCAACAUGUACGAGCUCGUCACGUGCUCGGAAGACAAGACGGUCAAGUUUUGGAACGUGAUGCGACCGCGCGUGUGCCAAGGCACAAUCACGACGGGUGCUCCAGUCUGGCGGGCGCGAUACACACCGUUUGGAGACGGUUUGAUCACGUCGUUUCACCGACAGGACUACUUCCUUCGCCUCUGGAGCCUCGCGCGCGACUCCAACAACAGCACUAACGCAGUCGAACCCAAGCCUGUGUUUGACUUUUUUGGCCACAAAGACUUGGUCCGAGGGUUUGCGUGGCGGCAGCAGCCGGGCGGCGGGGUCUUUCAGCUCAUCUCGUGGGGCAAGCAGCAGGAGUUGCGCAUGUGGAAGAUCGACCCUGUGUUGCUGGAAGCGUGCGGGUAUGUCCGACACCAAGUGCACCACCAGUACCUUCACCAGCACCACAACUCGUCGAUCGAUUUGAGCACUCUUGACGAGAUUGCUGUCUCGCCUUACGAAGCGCCGCCCCCACAGCCGUCCGCCUCCAUGAACGGGACCCACGGCCCUCGGCCGGGUAGCCACGUCAACCUGUCCGCGUACAAGUUUGACUUGGGAUGUUUGAAGGCCGAUUUUAUUCCACUGCCGUUGCCGCCGCCGCCGGUCUCGUCAAAUGGCGCAUACGAGAUGACCCAUGCAACUGCUUCUGCAACGAUGCCAGUCCCCGCCACGCAGCAGCUUGUUCACCGCCAUGACGUCAUGAUGGACGUUGAGGAGUGGCACCCGGGGGACGCGCUCACGUCGAGCAAGGCCGUUCUCGCCACGAACGGCACGCAUGGGCUGAAUGCCGACGACGACCCAUUCAGCUCGAUCGGCCGGCUAUCGACACCCACAAACAAUGCCACAGUUCGCGAACCCAUUCGGCGUGUGUCGGGCGGGUGCUUCAGCGGGCCCAAUUGCCUCGUGUACUUUGAUUCACGCGUUGCGAUCGGCCAGUCCAAAGUCCUCCACACGUCGUCGCGCCACCUUCCGCUGCCGUCCACCACGAAUUCGACCAACUCGAUUCUGCCACAAACUACCACGCCGUCCAUCCUCUCGCGGCAAUUUCUAACCGCAACGUCUCCGUCGUUUCUGUGGACGUCCGCGCAGCCGCCGCCGACGUUCGCUAUGACUUCAAUCGGAGCCACUACACCCCGCUACAACAGCUCGAGCACGUUCAUCACGUCGACUCCGCAUCACGCGAGUCGAAGCAACCACGUCCUGGAAGCGACCCACCACUUCGACGUUGCCCAAGACGAUUAUGACGAGCUCGACACGAACGACGCGGGCAGCAGGACCCUGGACACCAUGACGGGCAACCACCACCUGAUGCAACACUCGCCACCUUUUCCGUCCCGCCGCCGCCAUCCGCAUCUGUCGCUCGGUCCGUCAACGGCCACCAACGGCGGCGCAGCGCCUGCCAACAACCCGACUGCGAAUGGCAAGUACCUGGCUAGCCUCGAUUCGACGUUGUUGCUUCGAGUGAAAAUCCUGGACUGUUCCACGAUGUGCCACAGCCAUAGCCCGCCGUUCUGCCAUCGAUCGCCGUUGGUAACGACCCCAGCCGCCCAUGCCAAGGCCGCGAUCGCCGCCGGCGACGUCGAACAAGGACAGAUGUGGUCGAUUCUGGCCGUCUCGACUGCCGCAGCGGCCGCCUCCCCCGGCCACCUCCACCACGAGAAUCGGGACAUGAAGGUGGACGCCAACAAGUUCGUGCCGACUCCGUGGCACGCUCACCCGUUCGGGUCAUCCUUGGUGCAGCAUGUUCUCGAGUUGUUCGAAGCUGCGGGGGACGUGCCCACUCUCGCUGCCAUUGUGUGUGCCGUCAGCUUGCCAUCCGCGGUGCCACCACCUUCCCCAACGGACCAGAUCAAAAACUUGCAGUCGUCCGUCCUGUCCACGGUGCGAUCCACUGGCUCGACCGGUGCGCCGCCAACCUCUGUCAUCACGACGGCACUCUCUUCACAACCACAAGCAACAGAGUCGAUGAAACCCACGGCGUUGACGACGCCCUCGACGGCCUCCACCCCAACAGCUCGUCGCAAACGAGCGUCGACGCUUCUGGGCAACACAGAUGCGGACGUUGUCCGGUACGACGGGUAUAAACUGGCUCAAGCAGACUUGCUGUACCGCCAAGGCGCGACGAAUGCGCGGUGCGAACUGCUCAAGCACUUGCAGUCGCCGUCCGAGCCGCACGUCGGGCUCACGCUAGCGAUGUACUGCUGCAAGUGCGGUCGGCCGUGCGACGAGCUCUACUGCAACGCGUGCAAGGGGUUCAGCGUUCAAUGCGCAGUGUGUGAGCUGGUUGUGCGAGGGCAGAGCAUGUUCUGCUUCAAGUGUGGCCACGGCGGCCACUCUGACCAUAUCGUGGCGUGGUUUGCGACAGAGAAUGCGUGUCCGACGGGAUGUGGGUGCUGGUGCAAACAAGUCGCCGACGCCGCCAAGUUUCAAAUCCCCCCGACUCCUACGCACAUACCCCGGCCCACAUCCAACUCGUGCUAACGUAUUUAACGACGAUCCCGUCCAUCUCGGGUGUGUCGACGCGAGCUUGACCUCUUGGUCUCCAACAAGAGGAUCGACACGUGCGAUGGAUGCGACGCCUCCGACAGCCUCAUCAACAAGUUGGCGCGUCCAUAUCCAAGGACAUGCCGCAAGCUGUCACCUCCACGUAUUGCUCGCAGGAGGAGGAAGGCGUCAUGGCCAUGCUCGUGCCGCCAUGGCAGCUUCUCAUGUUGUUUACGUACAGUGUGCCGUAGAGUAGCGUCCCCGACCUGAAUAUCCGGAUACUGCUGAG